UGUUUGUUCAGUCCACUUCAUGCAUACUAGCCGCCACGCAUUGUGAUUUUGGUGUUGACGAUGACGGUUAAGUUUUUGGAUAUCGUCAAGCCGUUUUGUGCAAUCCUACCGGAGAUCUCCCGUCCUGAACGGAAGAUUCAGUUUAGAGAACGGGUGUUAUGGACGGGAAUAACUCUGAUGAUAUUUCUGUUUUGUUGCCAAAUACCACUUUUUGGCAUAAUGUCGUCUGAAUCUGCCGACCCUCUCUACUGGCUUCGAGUGAUUUCUGCGUCAAACAAAGGGACACUUAUGGAACUUGGGAUAUCUCCAAUCAUAACAUCUGGUUUAAUUAUGCAGCUUCUUGCUGGGAUACAAGUGCUCUCUGUUGGUGAUGCACCGAAAGACAGAGCUUUAUUUAAUGGAGCUCAAAAAUUAUUCGGUAUGGUUAUAACUGUUGGCCAAGCUUCUGUGUAUGUUAUGUCCGGAAUCUAUGGUGCACCAAGCGAAUUAGGUGCAGGAAUUUGUUUGUUGAUAAUCUUCCAGCUAACGUUUGCAGGUCUUUUGGUUUUGAUGUUGGAUGAACUUCUCCAGAAAGGUUAUGGUUUGGGCUCUGGUAUAUCUUUGUUUAUUGCAACUAAUAUUUGUGAAACUAUCGUGUGGAGAGCAAUAAGCCCUACUACAAUUAACACUGGACGAGGUACGGAGUUCGAGGGUGCUAUAAUAUCGCUUUUCCAUCUACUGGCCACUCGUACAGAUAAAGUUCGUGCACUAAGGGAAGCGUUUUAUCGUCAAAAUCUGCCAAAUCUAAUGAACAUACUUGCAACUAUUCUUGUAUUUGCUGUCGUCAUUUACUUCCAAAGCUUCAGAGUAGAUAUUGCAGUCAAGUCAAUCCGAUAUCGUGGACAAUCAACUUCAUAUCCAAUCAAACUUUUCUAUACCAGUAAUGCCCCGAUCAUGCUUCAAAGUGCACUUGUCUCUAAUCUUUAUGUAAUGUCACAAAUGUUAGCUAGUAAGUUUCGAGGUAACUUCAUUAUCAAUCUUUUGGGUGUUUGGUCGGAUGGUGAAGGUGGUUCUCGAUCUGUACCUAUCGGAGGAUUGUGUUACUACAUGACACCUCCAGAUUCCUUAGGAGAUAUGCUAGUGGACCCCAUACACGGCAUUUUGUAUAUUGCUUUCAUGCUUGGAAGCUGUGCGUUUUUCAGUAAAAUAUGGAUCGAUGUCUCAAAUUCCAGUGCUAAAGAUGUAGUUAAACAACUCAAAGAACAACAAACUGUCGUUCCAGGACAUCGGGAGAAUUCAAUGGUGCAUGAAUUGAAUCGUUACAUUCCAACAGCAGCCGCACUUGGUGGUCUAUGUAUCGGCGCUCUUUCAGUAUUGGCAGACUUCCUAGGUGCUAUUGGAAGCGGAACAGGUAUUCUCAUGGCUGUCACAACAAUCUACCAAUACUAUGAAGUAUUUGUUCGAGAGCAAAGCGAGAUGGGUGGUUCUAUGAGCUCUUUGUGGUUAUAAGGAAAUAUCACAAGUCUUUCUUAUGUAUUCAAAACUUUUCGUUAUGUGUUCCAGUCUGCUACAUGUAAAAUGAUUGAGUGGUUAAAGACAUAGAUUCGGAUUGUAUACUAAAAGGCUUUAAAAAGUCAACAUAUUUUGAUUGUAUAUUUUAGCAUUUCUUUAAACCAGUAGUUAUUGGUCAUCAUUCACAUAAUAAUAAAUGUUUGGUUUUUUCUGUGCAGUAUUUAUGUCCUAAUAUCACUCCAACAUGUACAUUUUGAUCAUUACCUACUGCUUUGCACCUUUAAUUUGUGAUCAUUAAACGUUUCAUGCUUUCUUUAGUUCUUUUUUUUCAAAAUAUAAAAAUAAGGUGUUUUUACAGUC